GCAUCCAGAACCCCAUCGCGCGAUGCACAAGGCGUAGCCUUACUUUUCCGAUACUAUAAUUUGUUGUAUUAUGUGGAGCGGAGAUUCUUUCCGCCAGAUCGAAACUUGGGCGUUUACUUCGAGUGGUACGAUUCACUAACUGGCGUACCCUCCUGUCAGCGUACGAUUGCUUUCGAGAAAGCCUGCACCCUCUUCAAUUUGGGCGCCAUCUACACACAAAUCGGUGCACGCCACGAUCGCACCACCGAAAAGGGUUUGGAUGCAGCAGUGGAUAGUUUUCUGCGUGCCGCCGGCAUAUUUCGACACAUCUACGACACAUUCACCAACGCCCCCUCCAUGGAUCUGAAGCCGCAAGUGCUAGAUGUACUGGUCUCGCUAAUGUUGUCACAAGCGCGUGAAUGUCUCUUCGAGAA